AUGGUGCUCUUUGGUAAGCUUAUUACUGAACUUGGUAUCAAAACACCUGCUGAAAAGUUCUAUAAAUUAUUUGCGGAAGAACUUCACGAAGCGCAGGUCCAUUGUGAAAGAGUUCAUCAGACCAAACUCCAUGAAGGCGAAGACUGGCAUGACACUGAUACAGUUAAACACUGGACUUAUGUCAUAGAUGGUGAGGUACACACAUGCUACGAUAGUCUUGAACAAGUUGAUGAAGAGAACAAGAAAAACACCUGGAAGCUAUUUGGUGGAGAUAUUGAUAAACACUAUAAGACCUUUAAGCUCACCCUUCAAGUAAUUGAUAAGGCUGAAGAUGCCACUGCUGUUGCUAAAUGGACUGUUGAAUAUGAGAAAAUCAACGAGGAUAUUCAUCCUCCAAAUGGAUGGAUGGACUACAUUAGCCAAUGCACUAGAGAUGUUGAUGCUCAUCUUUCCAAGGCAAGGGCUUAA